AUGGCUUCCAAGACCCUCCUACUCAUUCCGGCACUGGCCACAGCCGCUCUGGGAAGUGUAUUGGACCUAGAUAUCAAGGUAGACCUUGGAACCCCAGGUGGCCCGUUUGAUUUGAUGUACGACACCGGAUCAUCAACACUCUGGGUGCUUGAUAGCAAUUGUACAGAUGAUUGUCCAAAUGUUAGCGGGUACUCCCGACACGGCUACAACCUCACCUCUACUGGUGUCAACUUAGGUGUCAACGACAGCAUUGCUUACAGCGGAGGCACUGUCAGCGGCUUCACUGCCACGGAUAUUCUCACGGUUCCCGACACCAACGUCUCAUAUCGCCAGAGCUUUGCCGUCAUUACCGACAGUACCUGGGCGGCCUUAGCAGCCGAUGGGUUCAUCGGCCUGGCAUCGUCUACCAUCGCAUUCAAGAAUACUACGACAGCCGUCGAACAGAUGAUGCAGGAUGGACUUUUGGAUGAACCUCGAUUCGCCAUAUAUGCAGGUUCAGGGGAAUCGACCGUGACCAACCCUAAUCCGGAGAAUAAUGGCGUGUUCACCUUUGGUGGCAGCCAUGAGGAAACCUAUGCGGACGGGGAACUGCAAUGGAUGAAGAUGCUCUCCCCCUUUGAAAUAUACAAAACAAAUCUCCUUGGAAUUCAGGGACACAACAACUCCGAUGGCCAGGCCCUGUCAAGCGACGUCCUGAACUGGUACGGCCAGACUAAUCUAUUCAACGUCGCAGGUGCUUCAUCGAUAAGCAUUCCCAACGACCAGAUUGAGGCGAUGUAUGCCCUAACGCCUUUCUCAUACGCUGACAUCUCAUCUGGAUACCGACCUCUGUGCUCCGAUUUCAAUGAUACAUGGUCGAUCUCUUUUACAAUGGGCUUCUAUGGCGAGGGUGUCACCUUCAAUUUGACCGGUGAUCAGCUGGCCGUGCCUGGCUAUCAGGACGACGACCACUGCUUCCCUCCCUUCAAUCCAUGGGACAGCUACAACACGAUUAUUGGUCAGCAUUGGUUGAGCAAUUUCUAUGCUGUAUUCGACUUCGGAUCAUUCGACCCGGAGACAUACGAUAUACGUGUUGGGCUGGCUCCUUUGAAGAAGGAAUACCUGCCGAGCGCUUGA